AUGCCUGCUGCAAUUGCACAUAUGCCAAUAACAGACUGAUCAAUUGCAGUCCUAAACCUCAAUGGGAAGAUACAAACAAAACAAUACCAAGAACUGAGAAAACUUGUUUUUAGAUCAAUAACAGUCAUUUGUAUUGGAUAUAUAAUACGCUGUUUUCUGAAUAAAUCAACCGAUUCAUAUACUUAUCAUAUUAAUCCAUCCAUUGAGCUGAAUGACCAACUUAUUAUAAAUAAAAAUUAUGGAAAGUUAGAAAAGAUUGAUUUAAUGAAUUACAGUGGUCCUGAAAGUUUAAUUUAUCAUGAUGGUUCAUUGUAUGCCACAGUGAUUCAAGGGAAAAUAUUAAAAAUAAAUAAUUCUGGGAUUUAUGUUCAUGCAACACUUGGUUCACCAAACUGCGUUGGUGUACAUGAAUGUGGUAGACCAUUAGGUUUAAAAUUGUUCAACAAUUCGGAGAAUUUCUUGGUCACGGAUGCCUAUUUAGGUGUAUUCUCUGUCUCGGUAAAAGAUGGUAGUGUGAAGAAAUUGUUCCCCUUAGAUGAAGAUUUCAAAGUUACAUUUUUUGAUGAUUCGGUAAUGUUACCGAACGGUAGUCUUGUUAUUACUGAAGCUAGUACAAAAAAUCCUUUACGACAUUUAUGGACAACAAUUUUAGAGGGACUACCUAGUGGGAGGCUAACAAUGGCUGAUACAAAAACUGGUCAAUACAGUCACAUAAUGGAUGGUUUACGCUUUCCCAACGGAAUCGAAAUUUCUAGUGACGGAAAAUCCAUAUUACUCGUUGAAACAAUGAAACUUCAAAUUCUACGAAUUCCAUUAGACGGAGGUGAAGUGACCGUGUUCAGUGAUGGGCUACCUGGUUUUCCGGAUAAUAUCAAAGCCAUUCCACGUGGUGGAUAUUGGGUCCCUGUAUCACCUCUUCGUGACGAGCCUCUAUCUGAACUUCUACUCAAUUAUCUACCAGCUUACCCUUGUAUUCGUCAGUUGGCUUCCAGUAUUAUCUUCAUGCUUCCAUUCACAUUAAUACCGAAAGGAAAAUCAUCAAUGUUAAUUCGUUUAGAUGAAAAUGGACAGAUAAUUGAAAUUUGGAAAGAUUUGCAAAAUGAAUUACCAAAUGCUUGUGAAGUACUAGAACAUGAUGAUACUUUAUACACUGGAAGCUUUUAUCUACCUUACAUUGGUCGUUUAAGAAGAUUGUCAAAUUAA